AUGAAUCUUCAACACCCCUUAAAUAACAAUAAUAAUUCGUGCCGUUCGACAAUGAAUUCGAGUGACGUGUUAUUACCACCCAUUAACAAUAAUCUAACGAUAAAGACAACAGCCACGGUAGAAGAAAUUGCUUCAACAGCUGCUGCUAUUGCUACUUCUAGUCCUAGCACCUCACCAACAAAUUCCAUUGUCAACCACCAUCAAAAUAAUCAUCGAAACUCUCAAAAUCUUGUCACGCAAAAGUCGAAUCAGAUAAGCGGCGAAAAACUUCCAGGUGCAAAAAUGGAAAAGCAAAGAAUAACAUUUUUAUGCUGUGCAAAUGCCUUAGGAUCUCAUAAAAUAAAACUUUUAGUAAUAGGAAAAUCGAAAAAUCCUCGCAGUUUUAAAAAUUUUAUCUGUCCCGUAAACUACAGAAAUUCAAAGUCUGCUUGGGUGACUUCUUCCAUUUUUAAAGAAUGUUUUCACAACUGUUUUGUGCCAGAGGUGACAGAUUUUUUAAAGAAGAAACGAUUACCAGUAAAAGCUUUACUCCUAAUAGAUAAUGCCCCAUCCCAUCCACCAGAAUCCGACCUUAAAUCCGAGGUUGGUUCCAUAGAAGCAAUGUUCAUGCCUCCAAAUGUAACGGCUCUGAUCCAGCCAAUGGAUCAAAAUGCAAUUAGAAUCACCAAACUUCAUUAUAGGAACAGUCUUCUGGCAACAAUUAUUACAAAAGAGGGGGAUUUCCUUGAAUCGAUGAAAAAAAUCACACUUAAAGAAGGAGUUUCUAUUCUAGAGGCAUCUUGGAUCAAUAAUCCUUGUGAGGACGUCACGCCAUUUGAUGAAAAUGAUUUAAUUGAAGAGUCCGACGAUGAUGACGACUGUUUUAUUGAAGCGCCUGAAAAUAACAUUAAAGCCAAAGAAGCUGUCGAAAUUUUUAACAAAGCUGUCCAAUGGGCUGAAUUUCAAACGGUCGAUCAAACUGACAUUAAAGUAUUGAAAAAAAAAAUCAGGGAAUUGGCGAAAUGA